CUUGGUUUUUAAAAUUUUUAAUCCCCGUGUGACUUUCUGAGCCAUUUUGGAAAUUGUUAUUUCCCAGUUUGUAUUUCUAUAUUUAAUCACAUUUUUAAGGAGGAGUUACAAGUAUAUAUCUUAAUAAUUAUGGCAUAUAGAUGCUCAUGUAAUUUGCAUUCAGUGUUAUGUAUUUUCUGAAGGUGUAAGUUUUUUGUUAGUUGGUAUCAUUCAACUUGUAUAUGUUUGCUUGUUUCAGAUUCACAAUGACAUCCUUUCAAGAAGUCCCCUUGCAGACUUCCAACUUUGCCCAUGUCAUCUUUCAAAAUGUGGCCAAGAGUUAUCUUCCUAAUGCACACCUGGAAUGUCAUUACACCUUAACUCCAUAUAUCCAUCCACAUCCAAAAGAUUGGGUUGGUAUAUUCAAGGUUGGAUGGAGUACUGCUCGUGAUUAUUACACAUUUUUAUGGUCUCCUAUGCCUGAACAUUACGUAGAAGGAUCAACAGUUAAUUGUGUAUUAGCAUUUCAAGGAUAUUACCUUCCAAAUGAUGAUGGAGAAUUUUAUCAGUUCUGUUAUGUUACCCAUAAGGGUGAAAUUCGUGGAGCAAGUACACCUUUCCAGUUUCGAGCUGCUUCUCCAGUUGAAGAGUUACUUACUAUGGAAGAUGAAGGAAAUUCUGACAUGUUGGUGGUGACCACAAAAGCUGGCCUUCUUGAGUUGAAGAUUGAGAAAACCAUGAAAGAAAAAGAAGAACUGUUAAAAUUAAUUGCUGUACUGGAAAAAGAAACAACACAACUUCGAGAACAGGUUGGAAGAUUGGAAAGAGAACUUAACCAUGAGAAAGAAAGAUGUGACCAACUGCAGGCAGAGCAAAAGGAUCUUGUUGAAGUAUCACAAAGUUUAAAAACGGAAAAUGAAGAGUUUAAGAAGAGAUACAAUGAUGCUGCAUCCAAAGUUCUCCAGCUUGAGGAAGAUAUUGUGUCAGUGACACAUAAAGCAGUUGAAAAAGAAACUGAAUUAGACAGUUUGAAGGAUAAACUCAGGAAGGCACAAUAUGAAAGAGAACAACUGGAGUGUCAGUUGAAGACCGAGAGGGAUGAGAAGGAACUUUAUAAGGUACAUCUGAAGAAUACGGAUAUAGAAAACACCAAGCUUGUGUCAGAGGUCCAGACUUUAAAGAAUUUAGAUGGGAACAAAGAAAGCAUGAUUACUCAUUUCAAAGAAGAGAUUGGCAGGCUGCAGUUCUGUUUGGCUGAAAAGGAAAAUCUGCAAAGGGCUUUCUUGCUUACAACCUCAAGUAAGGAGGAUACCUUUUCUUUAAAGGAGCAACUUCGUAAAGCAGAGGAGCAGGUUCAGGCAACCCGGCAAGAAGUUGUCUUUCUGGCUAAAGAACUUAGUGAUGCUGUAAAUGUGCGAGAUAAAACAAUGGCAGAUCUGCAUACUGCACGCUUGGAAAAUGAGAAAGUAAAAAAGCAGUUAGCUGAUGCAGUGGCAGAACUUAAACUGAACUCUGUGAAGAAAGACCAGGAAAAGACUGAUACACUGGAACAUGAACUGAGAAGAGAAGUUGAAGAUUUGAAACUUCGUCUUCAGAUGGCAGCAGAUCAUUAUAAAGAAAAAUUCAAGGAAUGCCAGAGGCUCCAAAAACAAAUAAACAAACUUUCAGACCAAUCAGCCAAUAGCAACAGUGUCUUAACAAAGAAAAUUGGGAGUCAGCAAAAAGUGAAUGAUGCCUCAAUAAACACAGACCCAGCUGCUACUGCCUGUCCUAUAGAUGUAAAGCCACCACCUUCUGCAGCUGAGACAGAUUCUGACAUGGUAACAAAGGGACAAGUCUGUGAAAUGUCCAAAGAAAUUGCUGACAAAACAGAAAAAUACAAUAAAUGUAGACAACUCUUGCAGGAUGAGAAAACAAAAUGCAGUAAGUAUGCUGAUGAACUUGCAAAAAUGGAACUGAAAUGGAAAGAACAAGUGAAGAUUGCUGAAAGUGUAAAACUAGCAUUAACUGAAGUAGAGGACAGUUACAGACUUCAGUUGGCAGAGAAAGACAAAGAAAUAAGUGGUCUAACUUCUCGUUUGGAAAACCUCUCCAGGGAAAAGGAACUUAAAAGGAAUCUAGAAGAUCAAGCAGAAAGGAAAAUGGAAGGUCAGAAUUCCCAGAAUCCUCAAAAGAUCUCACAGUGUCUCAACACAUGCUCAGAGCACAAUGGUCAUGUUGCCACAGUGCCACAUACACAGCCAGUUCUGCAGUAUGGUAAUCCUUAUGCAACACAGGAAGCCAGAGAUGGAGCAGAUGGUGCUUUUUAUCCAGAUGAAAUCCAAAGGCCACCUGUGAGAGUACCUUCUUGGGGACUGGAAGAUAAUGUUGUCUGUAGCCAGCCUGCUCGAAACCUUAGUCGGCCCGAUGGUUUAGAAGACCCUGAGGAUAGUAAAGAAGAGGAGAAUGUGCCCAGUGCUCCUGAUCCUCCAAGUCAGCAUUUACGUGGGCAUGGAACAGGCUUUUGCUUUGAUUCCAGCUUUGAUGUUCACAAGAAGUGUCCCCUCUGUGAAUUAAUGUUCCCUCCCAACUAUGAUCAGAGCAAAUUUGAAGAACACGUUGAAAGUCACUGGAAGGUGUGCCCCAUGUGCAGCGAGCAGUUCCCUCCUGACUAUGACCAGCAGGGCUUUGAAAGGCAUGUGCAGACCCAUUUUGAUCAGAAUGUUUUAAAUUUUGACUAGUUACUUUUUAUUCUGAGUUAGUAAUACAAUUUAGCAAUUAAAAAAAAAAAUCACCUCAAAUAGACCACUAUGGAGACCACAAGGUAUCAUUUCCGCACACCCUCUCUCUGCCAUUCUUUUUUGAACAAGUGCUACUUUUGAGUUUCAUGUUUGUUACUAGGGUCAGGGUCUGUCUGUAGCUUAUCAGUAAAUAAAAUUGUAACCCCUGUUAAUUUUACCAGCUUAAGAAAAGUUUUUCUGUGUUUGUAUCUUUAUUUAUUCCCAUUUGCAAAAGUAUAUGAAUAAAGGAGAUGGAUUAUUUUAAUGUUACAGGCUGAAAAAAUAUAUAUGUAGUGUGUCAUUUAGCAUAUUUAGAAGUUUCUGUUGACCUCGUUGAUUGAGCAUGACUACUAAAUAUUAUGUAACAAAAGUAAUUCAUCAUUAGUCUUGCAAAUUCGUUGAAUACAGAAGCUUCCAUAAUUUAGCCCGUGAAAGGAUGGUUUUUUCACUUUCUUUAGAAAUGGAAAUGCAUGUAGAAUGAGCUCACAUGCUUGCAGUAUAGCACAUACCUUUUUAUAUUUAAAAUGUUGCUUUAGGAUUAGAAGGCAUAUUUUGCUAAUUUUAUGACUAAAACAUUUUAGAAUGACCUGAAUAAUUAUUUUUAAGCCAUCUUGAAGUUGUAUUUCUACCUAAUGGGAAAAUGGAACAAGAUAGGUUAGUGCAAUUGUUUCAUACUAAAUGAUCUACUAAAUGGUGGUGUUGGUGGCAUAAAAUCACAGAAAAUGUAUCCAUAUCUUUUUCACAUUUUCUUGAUUAAAAAUGUGAUGUAUAAACACAAAUCAAUGUGUUAUAUCUCUGUAUAGUAUUCUCAUUAACAUUAAAGAGGACACAUUUUUUUGGA